UGCUGGGCCCGCCGCGCCGCGCUAUGGUGCCGCUCGGCGAGCUGCUGGUGCUCGCGGCCGCGCUGCUGGCCACGGCGUCGGGCUACUUCGUGAGCAUCGACGCGCACGCCGAGGAGUGCUUCUUCGAGCGGGUCACCUCGGGCACCAAGAUGGGGCUCAUCUUCGAGGUGGCCGAGGGCGGCUUCCUGGACAUCGACGUGGAGAUCACAGGGCCGGACAACAAUGGAAUUUACAAAGGGGAUCGAGAGUCCAGCGGGAAGUACACAUUUGCGGCUCAUAUGGAUGGGACGUACCGGUUCUGCUUUAGCAACAGGAUGUCCACCAUGACCCCUAAAAUUGUGAUGUUCACCAUUGACAUUGGGGAGGCGCCCAAAGGCCAGGACAUGGAGACGGAAGCGCACCAGAACAAGCUGGAAGAAAUGAUCAACGAGCUGGCUGUGGCCAUGACGGCGGUGAAGCAUGAGCAGGAGUACAUGGAGGUCCGGGAGAGGAUACACAGAGCGAUCAAUGACAACACGAACAGCAGAGUGGUGCUCUGGUCCUUCUUCGAAGCGCUUGUCCUAGUUGCCAUGACGUUGGGGCAGAUCUACUACCUGAAGAGGUUCUUUGAAGUCCGGAGGGUUGUUUAAGGAGCCUUUGCCUCACCAUCCCACACUCAGAAUCCACUGUUUACCAAACAUCUUGGUCAUAAUAAUGUCAUAAUUUCUGUGUUUUUAAUUUUCUGAACUGUACAUUCUCAGCUUUUAUUUUGUGUGUGUGAUUAAUAGAUAUUGGGGAAAGCACCUUUUAGGAAAGUUCCAGUGAAAAAUUGACAUUUGAUAGGCACCGUUUCUUAUUUGAAUUCCGCUUCAAUUUCACAGGCCCUUUCAGAAUGCCAAUAACACAAAUGAACUAUAGGGGUAUAGUCCUUAUUCUCUCUUCUUUUUCUUUCCCCCUAAAAACUGCAAUUUGUGGAAGAUAGUACUUGACUUCACUGCUUCCUUUGGUCCUUACCUUGUAGUUGGGGUUGUUCAAGAUUCAUGCUGUUGUGUCCUUAGACAAAGAACAAGCUGAAUCUUGACAUCCUAUCUUGUCUUUGCAGUUUGCUCCCAGACUGGAACUUUUCUAGUCUCUCUUUUGUUUUUGCAUCAGAGAAGACCAUAACCCAGCAUUUCAUCCUUAAAUUUUAAGUUGGAACUUUAGGACGCAAUCAGCUUCAUGUAAAUCGAUGCCCCAAGCAGCCGAUAAGCAGAUCUUGGCUCCGCUACCCUUUGUGACCUGUCUCUGGGAGUGUGUCUGCUGGCUCUCUGCUCUGCUCAGCAUGCCUGACGCCUGCCUUCACGAAAUUGGGAAAAUCUGGAUUUCUGAUGCCAAAGGGCUCAAGCCUCUUGGAUUUAGUUGCAGCCACUAUCUUAUUUUUGAUGGGUGGCAUUUUGGCCACUGUUUAAUUCAGGUACUGAGCAGCACUAUCAGUACUUGGGUUUUUGUUCUUGUUUCUUUCUUUUCCUCCUCUUGGGUCUUUCUUUUUUGGCACAUGUAAAUUUUUUUUUUUUUUUUUGUAAGAGAAAAUGAAUUUCUCUUAAUCUAUGAUGAUGGGUUUAAAAUUUAAGGAGUAACUGGUUUUGGUGUUGGGAUGAUCCAGGAUUAUGUUGUGACUGAUGUAUAUUAGUUACUUCUAUAUAUUUUUUGGAUCUUUGCAAGGGAAAAACUACAGGUAACGAGUUUUAUAUAAUUAAUUUAAAUUUGUUACAGGUUUUCAUGUUCAGGACAAACAAUUUUUCAACCUUGGGUGAAAUUCUUGCAACAGUUAAGGUGAUCGUUUUACCUCUGGACAACUGUUGCAUGCCAAUUUGUGUGUGUGUGUGUGUGAAACACUUCAAAAUUGAAUAGAAAGAUGUAAAUUUAAAAUUGGUUGUAUAUCUAAUCUGCCCCAGGUUCAGUAAAUAAACAAUUCUUUUAAAAAACA